UACAACGUUCGUGUCUCCAUAAGCUACAGUAAAGUCAUCAACCAAAAUCCCAACCAAAAAAAAAAAAUCAAUUUUCUUUUAUAUAAAACCCCUUUAGCGCUUCCAUUUCAACACCAUCCCUUCCCUUUCUUUCCUUAAGACUGGUAGAUUUAUGGGUUUUCUUGCUCCUUCUUCCACUUGUUUCAGUGCUGCUAAAUGGCUUGGCUUUGUCACCGCCGUUUGGGUUCAAGCCAUUUCAGGCAACAAUUACACUUUCUCUAACUAUUCUGAUGCUCUCAAGACUCUUAUGAACUUGACCCAACUCCAACUUAACAAUUUAUCCGUUGCCAAAGAUGUGGGUAAGGCCUUUGGCCUCCUUGCUGGUCUUGCCUCUGACCGCUUGCCUACUCAGGUGCUUCUUCUUAUUGGUUCACUCGAAGGUCUUAUUGGUUAUGGUGCUCAAUGGCUCGUUGUUAGUGGGCGGAUUCAACCUCUUGCUUACUGGCAGAUGUGCAUAUUCCUCUGUUUGGGAGGCAACAGUACUACUUGGAUGAACACGGCGGUUCUAGUAACCUGCAUCCGCAACUUCCGGCGAAACAGAGGCCCUGUCUCCGGCAUCUUGAAAGGUUAUGUGGGACUGAGCACUGCCAUCUUCACCGACCUCUGCUCUGCUCUCUUCUCCGACAACCCUUCUAGCUUCCUUCUUAUGCUGGCAAUUAUUCCGUUCGCCGUCUGCCUCACCGCCAUCCUCUUCCUCCGUGAGAUCCCUCCGGCUGCCACUGCCGAAGAAGAAAAAGAAGAAUUCAAAUAUUUCUCAGUCUUUAACGUUGUGGCCAUUGUUGUUGCAGUUUAUUUGUUAGCAUUUGACUUUGUCAGCAAUCCUAGCCGUGUUCUUUCUUUAGCGUUUUCAAUUAUAUUGCUAGUUCUGCUAGCUUCUCCAUUAGCAGUUCCAUUUUACUCUUUUGUAAAGAGCUGGAAUCUGAAUCGCCUGAAGAAUAAACCGGCUGACGUUGAAGAACAGAUUGAUGAGCCAUUGCUGAGUGGAGAAAUCCAGGGGGAGAUUCAAGAAAAACCGGCAGAGGCGGCGGCUGCAGUGUCAGUUGCUACUCAACCGCCGACGGAUGAAGUGGCCGAGAUAAAGAGGAAGCCGGUGAUCGGCGAAGAUCACACGAUUUUCGAAGCGAUGAUGAAGUUGGAUUUUUGGAUUUUAUUUAUUUCAUUUCUUUGUGGAGUGGGUACUGGUUUGGCUGUGAUGAACAACAUGGGACAGAUAGGUUUGGCUCUUGGAUACGCUGACGUUUCGAUUUUCGUCUCUCUUACUAGCAUUUGGGGAUUUUUUGGAAGGAUUGGUUCGGGCUCUGUCUCAGAGUUCUUCAUCAAGAAAGCUGGAACACCGAGGCCUCUUUGGAAUGCAGCAUCUCAAAUUUUAAUGGCUGUUGGGUAUAUUCUCAUGGCCAUCGCAAUGCCUGGUUCUCUAUACAUUGGUUCAAUUGUUGUUGGCAUCUGCUAUGGAGUUCGUCUAGCAGUCACCGUCCCAACUGCCUCUGAGUUGUUCGGUCUCAAAUACUAUGGUCUAAUUUACAACAUCUUAAUCCUCAACCUUCCACUUGGUUCCCUUCUCUUCUCUGGUCUGCUUGCUGGACUUUUAUAUGAUGCAGAAGCUACCCCCAUACCAGGAGGUGGCAACACAUGUGUUGGUGCCCAUUGCUAUAGGGCUGUGUUCAUUAUUAUGGCGAUUUCAUGCGUCAUUGGAUUCGGUUUGGAUGUUCUGUUGGCAAUUAGAACAAAGCAGCUUUAUUCUAAGAUACAGGCAAGCAAGAGAUCAAAGAAAUUUUCUGCAGCAUCUAACAACCAAUGACAUGAAAUCUAGAGAACGGGCAAGUAUAAUAGGAAGGAUUGAAGGGCUUUUGCUCAGUGAUAUCCUGAAUUGGCCAAUUUUGUUUGACCUCACAAAUUGAAUUGGACCAUUAAAAAUUAUUUAAUGUAUUCAGAUUGUUUCCCAUUUCAGUGCUACUACCAUUUGAUUUGAUUUUGUUGAAUAAGAUGGAACUAGUCAUCUGAGUUCAACUCGGUGGUUCAUGGGUAGUGAUAAUCCAAAAGAUUUGCAUAAAAGCUGUUAAUUUGAGCUAGUGUUAUGUACUAAAAGAAGUAUUUUGUCUGGACAAUUUUCCUUUCCUAAAGGAGGAAAAGAUUUUGGUUUUGCUAUAACAUUUAUGUAUUGCUAUUGAUUGUUGACA